AAGAACGAAAAACGUAGCUGAAUGUUGUUGACUGUCGCGCUUAAUUUUGUUGUUGUGCUGCCUUCCGUCUCGCACAGCGAGGAGCUACUAUCAAAUGUGCUGUUAAACCUUUUUACUUUAUAGACACUUAUAUUUAGUUAAUAUCCAAGUAUUUUUUAAACGGAAACAAGCGCUGACGGGCAGCAAUGUCGCUGUAUGAUGACCUCGGUGUGGCUGCCAGUGACACCAAGACCGAAGGCUGGUCAAAGAACUUCAAGCUACUGCAGUCCCAAUUGAAGGUGAAGAAGGCGGCUCUGACCCAGGCCAAGACCCAGCGGAUGAAGCAGACCACUGUCUUGGCUCCGGUUAUUGAUCUGAAGAGAGGGGGCUCCAGCGAUGAGAGACAGAUCACAGACACUCCACCACAUGCUGCAGCUGGACUCAAGGACACUGUGCCCAGUGGUUUCUCCUCAGGCGAUGUGCUGAUCCCCUUGGCAGACGAGUACGAUCCAAUGUUCCCCAACGACUAUGAGAAGGUUGUGAAGCGGCACAGAGAAGAACGACAGCGUCAGAGGGAGCAGGAGCGGCAGAAGGAGAUCGAGGAGAGAGAAAAGAAGAGGAAAGACAGGCAUGAAGGUGGAGCUCCAAGUGGUUUCUCUCGUUUCCCCGCAGCAGAGGGCGAUUCAGAUGAAGAAGAGGAGUAUGAAAAAGAACGCAGGAAACGAAGCAUGGGGGGAGCAGCUAUCGCACCUCCUUCAUCACUUGUGGACAGGGAUGGCUCAUCUUCGUUUUCCUACGAGGAUGAAGGUCGUCCUGCCAGAGGCACAAAGGCAGCCAUCCCUCCUCCUAUGUAUGAGGACUCAGACCGGCCACGUUCACCGCCCGGACCAACCAGCUCCUUCCUGGCCAACAUGGGAGGUACGGUGGCCCAUAAGAUCAUGCAGAAGUAUGGCUUCAAAGAAGGUCAGGGCCUGGGGAAGCACGAGCAGGGGCUCAGCACCGCGCUGUCUGUGGAGAAGACCAGCAAGAGAGGUGGAAAGAUCAUCAUAGGUGACGCUGCUGAAAAACCAGGGUCCAGCCAGUCAGGUGCUCCUGAGACUUCAUGCGGAGGCUUUGCAGCGGACGCUUCCAAGAAAUCGGAGGCCAACCCGCUCACUGAGAUUCUCAAAAACCCAACCAAAGUGGUCCUGCUGAGGAACAUGGUGGGCCGGGGAGAGGUGGACGAAGACCUGGAGGGGGAGACGAAAGAAGAAUGCGAGAAAUAUGGCAAAGUGGUUAAAUGUGUGAUUUUUGAGAUUGCAGAUGUGCCAGAUGAUGAAGCUGUCAGGAUAUUUCUGGAGUUUGAGAGGGUGGAGUCAGCCAUCAAAGCCGUGGUGGAUCUGAACGGACGUUAUUUCGGUGGGCGAGUCGUCAAGGCCUGCUUCUACAAUCUAGACAAGUUUCGGGUUUUGGACCUCGGCGAGCAGGUCUGACGUCUCCAUUGAGCACACAUCAUCUCCCCACUUGUACAUAAGAAACCUUUUAUAUAUUUCCAGAGCAGCAGUGAAAUGUCUGUAUGUAGUGAUGAGUCCAUCUUGUAGAUUUUUGAAGUUUUUUUUUUCCUGUGAUCAAAUAUACCUUUAUGUCGAGACUAAAUAAAGGAUAUGAGGUUA